AUGAAGAAACGUGCGCCUCCCGAUGCGCCGUCGUCCAGCGGUGACACGCCGGAAGCAACGCCCGAAGCCGACGCGGCAUCUGCCGGUGUGCCCCUGCGCGAGGACCCAAAAUACUCCAAGUACUUUUUAAUGCUCAAGCGCGGUCUGCCGCGGCCCGCCGUGCAGCACAAGAUGAUCCAGGAAAGCGUGGAUCCCAACAUUCUGGACAUGGACCCGAACCUCCCGUUCAAGCUGCCGACGCUCGCCGAAGACCCGACGUACGCCAUGUACUACAAGAUGCUUAAAACGGGGCUGCCCAAGGAGGUCGUUCAGCACAAGCUGUCGGCCGAUGGCAUCUCUGCUCGGCUCCUCGACCUCGACCCGACGCAUCCGAGCGUGCCGAAAAACAAGAUCGACGACGCCUUUCGCGCGCACCAGCUCAAGGUCAUUGAAAAGUACAAGGUCAUGCUCAAGCGCGGCAUGCCCGAAGGCGCGGUGCAGCACAAGAUGAAGAUGGACGGCGUGGAUCCGAAUUGGCUCUACCCCGAGAAGGCGCCGGCGGUUGCCCAAGGCGCCAACUUGGCGCGGCGUCUCACCAAGCCCGACUCGAUCCGGAAGAAGCUCCAUUGGUUUGUCCUCUCCAAGGACAACCUCACGGGCAACAACGCGACGCUUUGGAAGCAAACCUCCCAAGUCAAGCUCUCGUCGGCCAGCGUCGAAGCCCUCGAGAAGACCUUUGUCAAGAGCCUCAAGGAGGCCGAAGCGCCGAAACCCAAAAACUUUCAGCGCCAAGAGUCGUUCCGCGGCGGCGCGCCGUCCAAGAUCUCGCUCCUCGACAUGAAGAAGUCCCAGAACAUUGCCAUCACCCUCGCGCGCGUCAAGAUUCCGUUCGAGCGCAUCAAGACGGAGAUUCUCGACAUGAACCCGACCAUCAUGUCGUCCAUGCACCUCAAAGCACUCAUUGAUCUCUGGCCAGACCAUACCGAGAUGGACACGAUCCGCAAGUUUCCGGGCGACGUCAACAUGCUCGGAACGGCCGAGCGCUUUUGCCACGAGAUGCGCGACACGCCGCGCUUCACCGACAAGAUGCACUGCCUCGUGUACAAGCAGGAGUUUCCGACGCGCAGCCACGAGCUCCACGAAACGAUCCUCCUGGUCCAGCGCUGCGUGCACCAGAUCUGUGAAAGUACCGAGCUGCGGGACAUCUUGUUGCUCGUGCUGCGCAUCGGCAACCUUCUCAACUUUGGGAAAGAAGCCGCCGAGACCCAAGUGGCGCCGGGCUUCUCGCUGAGCUCGCUCGUCAAGCUCUCGCAGACCAAGGCGUUUAUCGGCCAAACGACGCUGCUCCAGUUCCUUGUCGAGACGGUCGAUCGUGACGCGCCCGAGCUGGCAAAAUUUGAAGAUGAAAUCGGCCUCCUCGAGCGAGCUUCGCGGGUGCUCAUUCCGCAACUGCACCAAGAGAAGAAGGCGCUGGAGACGGGGCAUGCGCUCUUGGUCGCUGAGGCCGAGAAGAUUGAAGACGAAGAAGGCGAAGACAACUUGACGGCUGCCGCGAUCCGCAACUUCGCCGACAAGUCGGCCAUGGAGCUCAAGGACUUGACGCACCAGCUGAGCACGCUCGCGGAUCGGAAAAAGCAAUUUCUCGACUAUUUCGGCGAGCAAGGCGACUAUGAACUGGACGAACUGUUUAGCGCGCUCUGGGCGUUCACCGAAGAGUUCCGCGUCGUGCAUCGCAAGUUCCUCCUCAAGAAGGCGCGGUCCAAGACCAAGCCGGCGGCGGCCGCCGCCGAGUGCGCCUAG